AUGGGCCAAAAUAUCGAGAUUGUGAGGCUGGUGCUCGAAAGUGACGCUGAUCCCUUAGGACCCUCAGCCCGCCGAUUAACAAGCCUCCACCUGGCUGCCAUGACAGGAAACGCAGCCAUUACCGACUUGCUCUGCGACCGACUCUUAACUGUCCACCUCGGCGAAGACCGUGGACAUGCCCAGCCUACGACAGGGAUCGGGGACUACCCCCUACACUUUGCUGCAGCAUACACAAUGACUGCCAGUUUCUGGACUUUGGAACGUUUCCAGAAUCUCAGGGCCAUGAACUGGACAAAUUUCCUUGGAGAGACACCGCUUCAUCGCGCAGCGGCAAUGUCGAACAGCAAUGCUGUUAGAUUCAUGACACGUUCCGACGUUAUGCGACUCCACUGGCAGCUCACAAACUACGUCAAUGCCACGGAUAACAUGGGCAGAACAGCAUUGUGGCACGCAGCUGCUGCGAACUCAUCUCACAGCAUUCCAGCCCUCGUGAGAGCUGGCGCCAAUAUACACCUGCCGGACGAUCUGGGCCUUACGCCUGCCCAUGUUGCGAGCCGAGAUCACAACGCCGAAGCGUUGGAAGAGUUGCUCAUACGAGGCGCCAAGGUGACCUGCGAGGCCGGCGCGUUGCAUUUGAAGCCCGCGCAUAUGGCCGCCUUGAACGGAUCGGCGCGGUGCAUGGCGCUUUUGAUGAGCAAGAAUGCUCCCCUCGUCUCGGAGCUUGACGACGGGACGCCUCUGAAUGCAUUCCACUUUACUCUCGUCAACGGAAACGAAGCCUGCGCUAGGGUCAUCUGGGAGUACCAUGAGAGUAGAAAGGACUUGGAGUUCCGUGGCUGGAGUCUGUGUGUCGUUGUCGAUGCGGAAGGACCCGUGCUGAAGUGGAUGGGCCUGGAGAUUGACCAACGCAACUGGGUCGUUACGGAACACCCGGAUCAGGACCGGUCCCAGUUAAGCGCGGCAAGCGGUCGUGUUCCUGCUUACUGGAUCGAUCCGCGCUUCCUGGAGCGAGGGCUGAAAUCGUGGUCCAGGAAUGCGUAA